CGUACACACGUUCCCCGACCCGAGGAGAAAAGAUUCAAACGAUAGCCAACCGAACCGUUUGAACAUACUCCCCGUCUUCAAAUCAAAUCGAAUCAAGAGCGCGCGCGGCUCCAUCAAAGGUAAUCAGCGGAAAUUAAACCGCCUCGUCACCUCCACAUCCCACGUCCCCCUCCUUGAUUAAGCACGUCCGUGGCACGCCCGCCCACCUCCCCCACGAAGCAGCGAGCGGAAUUCAAAGCGUGGUCAAACCUCCAUCAUCAAAGGGAAGUUAACCGGCCUCCCUUGGCCUUCCCCUAUAAAACCACACGCCUGGAGCGCGCGCCUGCGCUUCACAUACACAGCCGCGCACGCCAUUCCAUUCCAGGCCGGAGCAACGAGAGAGAGCAGCAGCCUACGGCCGCGGGCGUCCCUUCCGCCUUCCUCCGCGUCCUGCUGCACAGCCGCCGGGCCGCUGAAUCCGAGGUCGUCGAGCGGGCCAUGGCGGCGCUGAUGAUCGGUUCCUCCUCCAAGCCUGUGCUCCUCCUCCCCGUGCUGGCCUUCGUCCUUGCAUUCGUCGCCAUCCCUGCGCUCACGACGCCGGCGCAGGGGCUCGUGUUCCACGUCGGUGGCCCGCGCGGGUGGCGCGUCCCGGACGCCAACACCAGCUAUGGCUGGUGGGCCAUGAACAACCGCUUCCACGUCGCCGACGAGCUCUACUUCAAGUACGAGAACGACUCGGUGCUCCUCGUCUCCCGCGAGGAGUUCGACGCCUGCAACGCCACGGACCCCCUGUCCAGGUUCGCCGACGGCAGCACCACGGUGCGUCUCGAUAGGCCGGGCUUCUUCUGCUUCAUCAGCGGUGAGCCGGGGCACUGCGAGGAGGGCCAGAGGCUCAUCGUGCGCGUCAUGGUGCACCCGGCCGAGCCUGCGCCUGCGCCUGGUCCGGCCGCCUAUGCGCCGGGCCAAGGCGGAGACGGGUCUGGGUCUGGCGGCGGGCACGGUGGGUCUUCACCGGGCACGUCGUCUGGUGCCGCUGCGGUUGCUGCCGGCGGCGUCGCUCUCGCUGCAGCGAUGGCCGCUCUUUGUGUCGGUCUCGUCUUGCUGCUUCAGUGAUCAGUUUGCUCUUCUAGUAGAUAGUCAGGUUUUAUUAUUGAGGUUUAAUCAAUUCCUUCUCUAUUAGAGUUCAUCCGGUGGUACUAGUGAUUCGUGAUAUGGUACUAUUAUCAUAAUUAGUUUGGUUAUCCUGUGUAAUGACAAUAUUGUUUGGCUUUCUUCGAUCCCUAUGACUGUAUUUGGAUUAUAUCUACUACUACUAGUAUUCCUUGAA